AUGUCCAGGGCACAGAUCUCGGGUCUGGUGUUUGGUGUCAGUGGGUUUGGAGCUCUGGUUGCUGCCACCACGUCCAAUGAGUGGAAAGUCACCACCCGAGCAUCCUCAGUGGUGACUGCCACUUGGGUUUACCAGGGUCUGUGGAUGAACUGCGCAGCCGGCGGCAGGGCGAGCACGGCCUCGAGAUUCAUCGCUUCUUUGGUCUCCAUCUCUGGCUGGGUUUUGGUGUCCUCCACGCUGGUCGAACCGACUAUUGGAAGGUUGUCCACCAUCGACGGCACGGGUUCAUCAACCACCGCCAACUUUGGGGCCAACCGGUGGAAGACGUGCGUUACUACUCCCACCGGCGUUUCCAACUGCAAGACUUCCCCUCCAUGCUGGGCGCUUGGACGGUUAAUCAGCAUGUAGAGGAAACUUAUGAUUGCUUGCUGUUCAGCCUGGGCUUUUUUUGGUGCCAUAUUUGCCAACCUUUGAAUGAGUUGUACUAAAGUUGGAGGCUCAGAUAAAGCCAAAGCUAAAAUUGCUGUUGGCUGGAUUGUAUUCAUCCUCUCAGGGUUAUGGCUCCAUGAUGGCUGUUCCAUGUAUGCAAACCCAAAAAUUCACAAAGAAUUCUUUGAUCCUUACGUUAUGGAGCAACAGUAUGAAUUAGGAGCCGCUCUGUUUAUUGGAUGGGCAGGAGCCUCACUCUGCAUAAUUGGUGGUGUCAUAUUUUGCUUUUCAAUAUCUGAAAACAACAAAACACCCAGAAUGGGGUAUACAUACAACGGACCCACGUCUGUCAUGUCUUCUCGGACAAAGUAUCAUGGUGGAGAAGGAGAUUUUAAAACCACAAACUCUUCAAAACAGUUUGAUAAAAAUGCUUAUGUCUAA